AUGUGGAAAUAUAUUCCCAGUCUGAAGCUCCAAAGCCGACAACCCGAACCGGAGGUCCAGGCAGCGCCGGGGAACGGCCCGGUGCCUGGUUCUCAGGCCAGCGUCCUGACGUGGAUCAGCAGUGCGUUGCCUCAACCUCCCGUCUCUCCGAAACUGAGCCGAGCUAGCUCCGCGGUCUCGGAGGAAGCUGCACCUGCCAGUAAACCUGAAGACGAGAAGGGGAUGAUCGCCUGGAUCUCUCAGGGUUUGGAGAAAGUUGUUCCUCAGCCGGACCUGAAGGCCAAAGAGACGCCUGCAGCCGAACAGCCGGCCGAGGUACAGGUGUGUCAGAAAGCAGAAGCUCCAGUUCCAGCUGCAGAGCCUCAGAUCAUCGUGGUGGAGGUGGAGUCGGACCGGGAGGACAGCAAACCUGUUCAGCCCAGUAUGAUGGAGUGGCUCAAACAUGGAAUAGAGAAGGUUGUUCCUCAGCCAGAGAUCCACAUUCGCUCAAAGACGGAUGGAAACCAGAAAACUGAGGCUCCAGCUGCAGCUAAAGCUGAAGCUCCAGCAGCUCCUGCAGCCUCCAAACCAAACACAGAAGCAGAGAAGUCGACCAAAGAAGCAGAGCAGCCACCCAAUAUGAUGGGAUGGAUCGUCAAUGGGAUCGGUCGCAUGUUGCCUCAACCCGUACAGAAAACGGAAACAGGAAGUGAUGAUGUACAGACAAUCAGCGUCACCCAGAAGAAGAGCGACUUGUUCCUGGAGGACGUGGAGGACGAGGAGGCCAAGAAGCAGAACAAAGAGAAGAAGGAGAAAGAAGAUGCAGAAACACAGAUGGACGAGUUGACUCCACUGAUGGAAAGCAUCAAGAAGGAGGCUGGACAGGCUGUUCUGGCUCACAUGGAGGAACGGUGGGAGCGUCUGGAGGCGGCUCGUGUGGCCGAAGAAAUGGCUAGGAAGGCUGCAGAGGAGGCGGUUCGACAGCUGGAGGUGGAACAUUCGGCCAAGAUUGUCAUCGAAACGCUGCCAGAGUCCAACGAACAACUCCCCAACAUUCAGGAGGAGGAGAACGAAGACGAUCCAGAAUGCCUGCUAGACGUUUGUCCGGCUGAAGCUGAGGAACAGGAGGAGGAACUGAGCAAACCUCCGUCUCCGCCUGCUGAGGACGUCACUCCUUCUUCCACUGAUGUUGAACCAGCAUCAGAAAGACGAGACCUGGACAGUCCAACCUCCCAACCCAUCACCCAACAACCAGAGGCACAACCUGCAGAAGCUCCGCCCACCACCACAGAACAGAGUUCUGCAGCAGAAGAAGCAGGAAGUGGAGAAACUCACAGGAAAGAUUCAGCUCUGAAGGUGAAAGAUGCUGGAAAAGGAAAAGGUCUGAGCAUCCCCCAGAUCAUCACGACUCCAGAACCAGAAGGUCCAACUCUGACGAUUCCUGAGAUCAGUCCUGGAGGUGAUCUGUCUGCAGAUGAGGAUGAUGAAGAGCUGCUGAAGGUUGGUCUGAAGACUUGGACCAGUCAAGGAGACCUUCUUACUGCAGACGAUGAGGGGCGUCCUCUAUCGGCGGCCAGCGUGGGCAGCGUGGUGAUCCAGGACCGCCUCAACGAUCUGGUGAAGCUGUUUAAAGGUCGGACGGAGCGUCAGAAGGACCGGCUGGUCGACCCAGACGAGUCGGAGGAGGAGAGUCCGUCCGCCUCACCGUCCAAAGCUCCGCCUCCCCCUCCUCCCCCACCUCCCCCAGGUGAGGAGAAGAAGGACGAGGCGCCACCCGCAGAGAAAGAAGAAGAAGAAGAAGAGCCGGUGUUCCAGUUUGAGCUCCUCGGACAUCCGGUGAAGUUCUACGCUCCGUCCAACCUGCCCCCGCUGCCCGGCUGGAUCCGGUCCAUCCUGGAGUACCGCUUCCCCUCCAGCAUCGACCCGUUCACUGACCUGAUCUACGUUCUGUGGCUGUUCUUGGUGGUGGCUGCCUGGAACUGGAACGUGUGGCUGAUCCCGGUGCGCUGGGCGUUCCCCUACCAAACACCUGAGAACAUCCACCUGUGGCUGCUGAUCGACUACAGCUGCGACCUGAUCUACAUCCUGGACAUCCUGGUGUUCCAGCCCCGCCUGCAGUUUGUCCGUGGAGGAGACAUCGUGUGUGAUAAAAAAGACAUGAGAGAGAAUUAUAUGAGCACCGAGAGGUUCAAGAUGGACGUCAUCAGCCUGUUUCCCAUGGAGAUCUUCUACUAUUUCACCGGAGUGAAUUCUCUGCUCAGGUUUCCUCGUCUGCUGAAGUACUCAGCUUUCUUUGAGUUCAACGACAGGAUGGAGGCUGUGAUGAAGAAGGCCUACAUCUACAGGGUGAUCCGAACCUCCACCUACCUGCUGUAUUCUCUUCACAUCAACGCCUGCUUGUUCUACUGGGGCUCUGACUACGAAGGACUCGGAUCCACUAAGUGGGUCUACAACGGAAAAGGAUUCGCCUACAUCCGCUGCUACUACUUUGCCGUGAAGACGUUGAUCACCAUCGGAGGUCUUCCAGAUCCCACCACCGUCUUUGAGAUCUGCUUCCAGCUCAUCAACUACUUUGUUGGCGUAUUUGCGUUCUCCAUCAUGAUUGGUCAGAUGAGGGACGUGGUCGGUGCAGCGACGGCCGGAGAGAACUACUACCGGGCCUGCAUGGACUCUACUGUCAAGUACAUGAACUCCUACCACAUCCCCAAAGAGGUCCAGAACCGCAUCAAGACCUGGUACGACUACACCUGGAAGAGCCAAGGCAUGCUGGAUGAACGGGAGCUCCUUAUACAGCUUCCUGCUAAGAUGAGAUUGGACAUCGCUGUGGACGUCAACUACGCCAUCGUCAGUAAAGUCGCCUUGUUCCAGGGCUGCGACCGACAGAUGGUGUUUGACAUGCUGACCAGGCUUAAGUCUGUCGUCUACCUGCCCGGAGACUUCGUCUGUAAGAAGGGGGAGAUCGGCAGGGAGAUGUACAUCAUCAAACAGGGGGAGGUCCAGGUGGUCGGAGGUCCAGACCUGCAGACGGUGUUCGUCACCAUCAGAGCCGGAUCUGUGUUUGGAGAGAUCAGUCUGCUGGCGGGCGGUGGAGGAAAUCGACGUACCGCCAAUGUGAAGGCACACGGAUUCGCCAACCUGUUUAUCCUGGACAAGAAAGACCUGGCAGAGAUCCUGGUCCACUACCCCGAGUCCCAGAAACUCCUCCGCAAGAAGGCCAAGACGAUGCUGACGAAGGACAAGAAGCCGGAUGAGAAGGAGGGUAAAGAGGCCAUGGAGGUCAUCCCUGCCCGACCCGACACCCCCAAACUGUUCAAGGCGGCGCUGAAGGUGACGGAGCAGGCCGGCAUCGAGGGAACCUUCUCCAAGCUGAAGAAAGUCUACAAGUCAACCGACAGCCCAACAGAGGCGUCCCCCUCCAUGGCUCCGGUCCCGCCUCCGUCUCCGAUGCACCGGCGCUCUCCGGUCCCUCUGAGUCCGGCGCCGGCCGACGGAGACGACACGGUGGCAGAGACGGCCGACAGCUCCGUGGUCAUCAGGAUGACGCCGCGACAGGAAGGGGAGGAGCUUCUGACCGUGGAGGUGGCGGAGGAGGCGGAGAAGAAGGAGGAGAAGAAGGAGGAGUGACCCGAUGAGACGCCGUCCUCCACCCGCCUCGUCUUCUCCUGACUCCCAGCAUGCCUUUCACCACCGCCAACGAGAGGACGAGGUUCAGCUGGAGGACCUGAUGCUUCUUCUGUGGUGGAUUCCAUCAGUUUGGUCCUCCUUCAUCUUCUUCUUCUCUCCUUAAGAAUUAAAGUUACAGAAGGAAGGAAGGAAAUGAGGAAAGCAAGGAAAAGAAAGAGGAAAGAAGGAAAGAAAUGAGGAAAGAAGAGAAGGAAAGAAGGAAAUAAGAAAAGAAAGAAAGGAAGUGAGGGAUGGAGGAAGGAAGGAAUUAAGGAAGGAAGGAACGGAGGAAGUAAAGAAGGAUGGAAAGAAGGAAGUGAAGAAGUAAGGAAGGAAAGAAGGAAGAAAGGAAGUGAGGAAGAAAGGAAGUGAGUAAGGAAGGAAGUGAGGAAGAAGGGAAGUGAGGAAAGAAGGAAGGAAGGAAGGAAGGAAGGAAGGCAGGAAGUGAGGAGGGAAGGAAGUAAGGAAGAAAGGAAGUGAGGAAGGAAGGAAGGAAGUGAGGAAAGAAGGAAGGAAGGAAGGAAGGAAGGAAGGAAGUGAGGAAAGAAGGAAGGAAGGAAGGAAGUGAAUAAGGAAGGAAGGAAGAGAAGAAGGAACAGAGGAAGUACGGAAGGAUGGAAAGAAGGAAGAAGGAAGGAAGGAAAGAAGGAGAGAACAGAGGAAUUGAGGAAGGAAGGAAGGAAGAAAGGAAGGAAAUGAAGAAGGAAGUGAGGAAGGAAGGAAGAAAGGAUUUCCUGACUGAGUUGUGUUGAAAAAAAAAGACUUGUGUUCCGGGUGCAGUACCGUCUUUGGCCACACUCACUGACUGACAUGUAGCAGCCAUUGCAGCCAAGAGGGGCGCUGUUUUACUGAGGAGGAGGUCUGGUUUCUCCUCAGUUUCCCUGAGUUCUUAGCUUCUGUCCUUCAGCUUCGGUGCUUCAUCAGCCUCUAGAACCUCAGAGAUGAUUACCAGUAGAGCUGCUGUUCUGCAGAUGUUCUCCACUUCCUGUUCCUGCUGAGAGCGGAUUCAUCCCUCAGACUGACCUCCAGUGGUUUUAUUCUGUCAGAAGCUUCAAGGUUUAAGGGUCGGUUUGUUGUUUUUGACUCCUGAAGGUAAAAUCAAAGGAAAUUAUUUCACAGAUUGUCAGUAAGUAACAUUAAAAAACAGAUGGAAUCAUCCCAGUGUUUAUAUUAGAAUCUAUUUUUCUUUUGAAGUUUUCUAACGUUCCCGUUGAGCUGAGACCAGAGGAGCUGAUUGGUCGUCAGGAUUCAAACCUCUGCAGAGUUUGUCUAAAUCACAGGAAGUUCAGAGGAAGUUUUACAGGAAGCUAUGGAGCUGCAGAGGAAACAGAAAAGUAGAAAAGGAGGAAACAGGAAGCUGGGUCUGCUGCUGAUUAGAGACAGUAGAAGAAGUUUUUAGAGCUGCUGAGGUUCCACUGAGUUUCUCCUGAUGAACCAGUUUGUAAAUAAAGUUAUUUAUAACCGAA